UCGCCUUCUGCUGACCGGUACCCCUCUGCAGAAUAAUCUCGAAGAGCUCUUCCACUUGCUCAAUUUCCUUUCACCGGAUCGUUUUUAUGAUCUCGAGUCGUUCACUCAUGAAUUCGCGGAGAUAUCGAAGGAGGAUCAGAUUCAGAAGUUGCACUCGCUGCUUGGACCACAUAUGCUGAGACGUCUCAAGGCGGACGUCUUGUCGGGAAUGCCGUCGAAAAGUGAAUUGAUCGUUCGAGUGGAGCUGUCACCAAUGCAAAAGAAAUAUUACAAAAAUAUUUUAACGCGUAACUUCGAAGCACUCAAUCCGAAAGGUGGUGGUACUCAAGUGUCGUUGUUGAAUAUUAUAAUGGAUCUGAAGAAGUGCUGCAAUCAUCCGUAUCUCUUCCCGAAAGCGAGUAUCGAAGCACCGAAGCAUAAGAACGGAAUGUACGAAGGCAAUGCGCUCAUCAAAGCAUCUGGAAAAUUUGUUCUGUUGCAGAAAAUG